CCGGCGUCACACACCUCGCAAAGCCGCGGCAUCAAAGCUUCCGCUCCUGCCUCGCCCAAAUGGGCGGCGCCGGUGACGAUGGCGACAAGGUUCCCGUCGGCAAUGACAAGAGCACCGCUUCGGCCAUGGAGGUUGUGUCGUCGUCUUCUUCUUCUCCGGCGCCGGCGCCGUCCGUGCUCAAGUCGGUGCUGCUCUCCUACGCGUACGUGAGCGUGUGGAUCACACUGAGCUUCUCGGUGAUCGUGUACAACAAGUACAUCCUCGACCCCAAGAUGUACAACUGGCCCUUCCCCGUCUCCCUCACCAUGAUCCACAUGGCCUUCUGCGCCUCCCUCGCCGUCGUGCUCGUCCGCGUCCUCCGCGUCGUCGCCGUGCCGGCGUCGCCGCCUAUGACGCCCAGCCUCUACGCCGCCUCCGUCGUGCCCAUCGGCGCGCUGUACGCGCUCUCGCUCUGGUUCUCCAACUCCGCCUACAUCUACCUCUCCGUCUCCUUCAUCCAGAUGCUCAAGGCGCUCAUGCCCGUCGCCGUCUACUCCCUCGCCGUCGCCUUCCGCACCGACUCCUUCCGCCGCGCCUCCAUGCUCAACAUGCUCGGCAUAUCCGCGGGCGUCGCCGUCGCCGCCUACGGCGAGGCGCGGUUCGACGCGUUCGGCGUCCUACUGCAGCUCGCCGCCGUCGCCGCCGAGGCCACGCGGCUCGUGCUCAUCCAGAUACUGCUCACCUCCAAGGGCAUGUCGCUGAACCCCAUCACCUCGCUCUACUACAUCGCGCCGUGCUGCCUGGUGUUCCUGACCGUGCCAUGGUACUUCGUCGAGCUGCCGAGGCUGCGUGCCGCCGCUGCAGUCGCCGUCCGGCCCAACGUGUUCGUGUUCGGGACGAACUCGCUGUGCGCGUUCGCGCUCAACCUGGCGGUGUUCCUGCUGGUGGGGAAGACGUCGGCGCUGACCAUGAACGUGGCCGGCGUCGUGAAGGACUGGCUGCUCAUCGCCUUCUCCUGGACGGUGAUCAAGGACAUCGUCACGCCGGUCAACCUGGUCGGCUAUGGCAUUGCCUUCCUCGGCGUCGCCUACUACAACCAUGCCAAGCUGCAGGGGCUCAAGGCCAAGGAGGUCGAGAGGACGGCCGCGUCAAUGGCCGCAGCGAAGGGCGGUGACGCAGAAGCCGGGGCGCGCCUGCUACCGGAGAAAGACGCCGGUGAUCAGAAGAACUGAUCAAAGUCACCAACACACAUAAUACAUUACUGAAAGUUUCUGAAUCAACGGGCAUCUUUUUUUUUCAUCUUUAGGGUGCCUGAAAAUGUGGUUUAAUUGAUUCACGAUCAACUUCAAACGGCUUAUUUGUGCUUGUAACCAUUCA